UUUUUUUUCGUUAAACCAUGGAGGUGGAUGCCAUGUUGGCAGUAAGAUUCAGCGCUUAAUGAAGGAAUACGGUAUUUUUCGGAAAAAUAUUAUUUAUAUUCCGUAGAAAACAAACACGGUUGGUUAAAUACUAGAAUAAAGGGCGCAUUUUUAUUGGAAACGUCAAAGGAAUGCUCAACGCAGUGAAAUAUCAAGUUGACUUUUUUCACCUUGAAAGCCAUAUUUUAUCACGUGACAUUUGCCGCCCAAUCGCAAAUGUCAUGGGGUUCUGGAAAAAUGUUCUUUGUUCUGCGUUUGUGUUUGUGAUUAUUGACAAAAAGUUGGUCAAUAUAUUUCUAAAAUAACAAUUGGAAAUUGGAAGCACGUGUUACGGGAAUACCUCACUUUGGAAAUGGGAAAUUAUACAUUUUAGGAAAAGGUUUGGAUAGUUUUCCUUUGGUUUUGCUUUAUGUCGAGAAUCAGAACGAAACCAGUCAUGUGACUCCCCUCCCCCACUUCGACCCAAUGAAUGAGGGAAGAAGAAGACAGACAUGUUUGUGGGAAAUGAGUUGGAGAAAAAAGAAACGUGGCUGAAGAAAAGAAGAGAAAAAGUAAUGUUACCAUUAUGUGGAUUUCAUUUAGGACACUUUUUAGUCAAAGAAUGUCCUUUUGGAAUUAAGCUCAACGAAGAACAUUUGUUUAUUUCUUAAAUCCGGAGGAUAAUUCGAUAUCUUACUGGUUGACACAGAUUUGGCAAUGUAAAGCGUUAUUCGAGAAGAAUGCUUUAAUUGUAUAUUUAAUUUAUAGGAAUUUGCGUUGGGAAGAACUUGUAACCUUGUCGAUGGGGGAUGGGUGGGUGUUGCCGAUGACUUGUGUGACUUCUUGGUUUGCAGGCUUACAUGUGAGCUAUAUCGAGACUUUUUCUACGUUUUUAGACUAUAAAAUAGCUACUAAGUGUAUUUUUAUGGUUUCUUUCGUAAAUUUAGUAAACGCCAAGUGAGUCAGCCGUGUUAAAUUAGUUUGCUUGCGGUCCUUCUGUUAUUCUAAUUAGAUGGCUUAUAUGGUUGAAAAUAUUAAUUAUCUAGUUUCUUUUAAAUGUUUUUAUGGGAUGAAAAUGGUUCUGAAACUAAAUGUCAAGCGGAAACUAUAAGCAAGACGUACUCUAUUCUGUAUGAGGUCUCAUACUAAUAGUGGCCUAAAAUCAGAUUUUUUUGUUUAUUGACCAAGUACAAAUACCUAUUAGUAUAUGGCGUAGUUGUGGAUGGUAUAUUGUUCAUAUUUGUAACUCAGUUUUAGGAAUUACUAAGUGCGUAAGCAGAAGCCUUGAAAAUUGCUGUGUCAUUCCGUACAUUCGCGCUUGAUAGUUGUUGUUGUAGUGGUGGUGUUCUUUCGAAGUUUUAUAUAUGGAAGUUUAACGAUGGAUAUGUUUAUUUUGUAUUAUAUAGAAAUUGUGCAUGUACAUUAUUUUUGAUGUUAAGUUAUACAAUACAAAUGAGGUAGGCCUCACCGCCUGCGGCUGUAUAUCAUGUGCGUUGCAUGUGCCAGUUUCCGGGGAGUGUUUGGUAUGACCAAUACGGGAUUAUCUUCUAAAGGUCGUAUUUCGUACUAAAUAGUUAUGAGUUAUUUAUCGGCCAUCAGGAUUUGAAUACAUAGAUUGUUACUUUUUUGCGCUUGUAUUCGCUGAAAUAAGCGUUUUCACUUCCCAGUUUCGCGUGUUUGUAGUCACGUACAUUUUAAUAUAAAGGCGUGAGGAGUUUGUCGUUCAGUGGUUUCUACAUAUGUUUUUUCACAUAACAUUUGUAUUCCAACACAGUGUGUUACUUCUGACUUUUUAAAUGCAGUUGUUUUUCAACGUGAUUUUGUCAGCUACGUAAAUUGGAAAACGACUUUCUUUGGAACCGCUACCGCAGAACUGAAGCGCUCCGUAUAGAAAGCGUAUGUCGAAUGCGCGUGAAUAGCUGAAAUACCCAAUGGCGUAGCUGCAAAUUGCUCCCGGUGCCCGCGCCUGAGACUCGACGACCAAUAGCCGCGGACUCUCUUCCUGUAUUGACGUAAUUUUUGGCCGGUGCUAAACCGUGAAAGGUGGGACCGUUUCGUAAAACUGUGCAACACAGCCAGUCAUGGGAGUAUGUGAUUAAGCUUUGACGUAAGCAUCCAAUAGAUGCACCAUUUGGUUUGACGGACGUCCCUGCUAUGCGAAUUAGCCAGAAGAAGCGGAUUUGGGUGGCUACUUGUGAAUUAAGGCGCGGCUUACUAGAUAGACGUGUGGCUUUGCGUAUAAGAGGCAUGUGGGCGUGGGCCUGUGGAUGGUACCUCAUCCAAUCGUCUCAGCAGAUGGGUUUUAAAAAGCUGUGCGGAAUCCGAGCGUCGCCAUUUCGCUGAAGCGUUGAACGGAAGGAAGAGUUGACAGGCGGGAACGGAAGAAGACAUUGGAACUUAACAGAAAUAGGUCUUUUAAAGGAAUCCGGAUCCAUCCUGAUGGAGACGGCCGUAAACCCGACCCUUGACAGACUGCUGUCGGAUGGCAGCAGCUCCCUGGGUGGGAACACGGGGACUCCGGGGGCCAUUGGGAUGGAGCACAUCGCUGGCGUGUCGGGCCCCGGCAAGCGCAUCCGCAAGCCGUCGCUGCUCUAUGAGGGCUUCGAGGGCCCGGCGCUGGCCCCUCACACACCACCUCCCGGAGCCUCAGCCCCACCCGUGCGGGACCCCAGCCGCCCGGGCCGCCUCACCAACCAGCUGCAGUUCCUGCAGAAGGCGAUGAUGAAGUCACUGUGGCGCCACCACUUUGCCUGGCCCUUCCACGAGCCAGUGGAUGCCGCCAAGCUCAACCUGCCGGAUUAUCACAAGAUUAUCAAGCAGCCGAUGGACUUGGGCACCAUCAAGAGACGGCUUGAGAAUAAUUUCUACCGCAGUGCCAGCGAGUGCAUACAGGACUUCAACACCAUGUUUACCAACUGCUACAUCUACAACAAGCCCACUGAUGACAUCGUCCUGAUGGCGCAGUCUCUGGAGAAGGCGUUCCUGCAGAAAGUUGCCCAGAUGCCCCAGGAGGAGAUCGAGCUUCCCGCUCCGGCACCGCGAGGCAAACCUGCAAAGGCCACCAAAGGCCGCAGGGCGACCGUGCCAGGGGGUGUGACAACUGCGCACCAGGUCCCAGCUGUGUCUUCAGUCUCCCAGUCUGUGUAUUCGCCCCCCACCCCUGAAACGCCGGACCUGCUGCUCCCCACCACGCCGCAGACGAUGCUGGCUCACAAGGGUCUGCUAGGGCUGCCUCCCACACAACCCACGGCCAAGAAGAAGGGUGUAAAACGGAAGGCGGACACCACCACCCCCACCACGGUGGCCCUGCCCCACACCGUGGGGGUGGGCGGCAUGGGUCUGGGUGGCGGCGGCGACUCCCCCCUGAUGCUGUCCUCACUGGGGGCGGAGCUGAAGCCAGGCAUGGGGGGCCCCGUGCUCCUGCAGCCCGUCAUGGCGGCCAAGGUGCCGGCGCGGCGGAGGGAGAGCGGCCGGCCCAUCAAGCCGCCGCGGAAGGACCUGCCCGACUCACUGCAGCACCAGCCGUCGCGGCGCGGGAAGCUGAGCCAGCAGCUGCGCUACUGCAGCGGCGUGCUGAAGGAGCUGCUGUCCAAGAAGCACGCCGCCUACGCCUGGCCCUUCUACAAGCCCGUGGACGCCUCGGCCCUGGGCCUGCACGACUACCACGACAUCAUCAAGCACCCCAUGGAUCUCAGCACCAUCAAGAGGAAGAUGGACAGUCGUGAAUACCAAGACGCCCAGCAGUUUGCUGCGGACGUCAGGCUCAUGUUCUCAAACUGCUACAAGUACAACCCCCCCGAUCAUGACGUGGUGUCCAUGGCUCGCAAGCUGCAGGACGUCUUUGAGUUCCGCUUCGCCAAGAUGCCCGACGAGCCGGCGGACGACAUGCUCAUGGCCUCCCUGGGGGGCGAGCUGGGCCUUUCGGCGGCCGAGUCGUCCUCGUCGUCGUCCUCGGAGAGCGAGCCCAGCAGCGAGAGUGAGAGCAGCCCCAGCUCGGACAGCGAGGUGGAGCGAGCCCACCGGCUGGCCGAGCUCCAGGAACAGGUGUGUACUCAGCUACGGGCCGUACACGAGCAGCUCGCGGCUCUGUCCCAGGCCCCCAUCGUCAAGCCCAAGAAAAAGCGAGACAAAAAGGAGAAGAAGAAGAAAAAGAAGUCGGAGAACCGCCGGGGCGACGGGGCCGUCGAGAAACCGCCGAAAGCCGCCAAGAUCUCCAAGAGCAAGUCGAGCCGCUCGGCGAGCAGCUCCACGCCGGGCAAGAAGGCGGCCAGCAAGAAGAGCGGCAAGAGCAAGUCUUCCAAGAAGUCCCAAGCCACACCCACUGCCUCCAACGUGGCUUUAGGAGCGUCGCUGCCACCCCUGUACGAUUCAGAAGAGGAGGAGGAGGGCCGGCCCAUGUCGUACGACGAGAAGCGGCAGCUGAGCCUGGACAUCAACAAGCUGCCAGGCGAGAAGCUGGGCCGUGUGGUUCACAUCAUCCAGUCCCGCGAGCCCUCACUGCGCGAUUCCAACCCAGAGGAGAUUGAGAUCGACUUCGAGACGCUCAAGCCCUCCACUCUGCGUGAGCUGGAGCGCUACGUCAUGACCUGCCUGCGCAAGAAGCCCCGUAAGCCUUACGUGAUGAAGAAGACGGCCGGCGGGAAGUCCCGGGAAGAGCUGGCCCUGGAGAAGAAGCAAGAGCUGGAGAAGCGGCUGCAGGAUGUCAGCGGCCAGCUCAACUCGGCCAAGAAGCCUCAGAAGGCCAAGGUGGAGAAGACGACUGCGGGAGAGCCCCACAUCGUGGCCUCUCGCCUGAGCGCCAGCAGCUCCAGCUCAGACUCUUCCUCCUCCUCCUCGUCUUCCUCCUCGUCUGAUACCAGCGACUCAGACUCUGGCUGAAGCUUGGCGGCGGCGAGGAGGGGCGAAAGGAACCCGACGCAGCGGCCUGCUGGAGAGGAAGUCCAGCCGAGAAGAAGGGGAGGAGAAGGGGGACGGAGAUGGCCGAGGAGGGGGAGGGCAGCUUUCCUUCUUCAUCGUGGGCCUGGGUCGGAGAGGCUCUCCCCCCAGCGGAAGGAAAGCUCCACAGGAUUUCCCAUGAAGCGGCCUGGGGGACACUCCGAAUGGGAUGGAGGACAGGAGACGGCCAAAUCACUCAUCAGACUGACACCCCCCCCCACUCGUAUUACUCUCCGCACUGUGUAAAUAUAUGUACAAAUACAUAAAUGUCUAUUUUUCUUUUAUAAAGAAGAAUUUUAAGAGAUCCCUGAAGAGGGAAGGUUGAAAUGAGUAUGAAAGAAUGGAGCUUUUUGGAAAUGCAGACAGAGUGUGUGUGUGUGUGUGG